CUCCUGCGAGUGUGGGCUGUCGGCCGGCGCUCAAACCGGACCCUGAGCUCUCGUCUACACCUGCUUAGAGAUGGAGGCCGCGGCGUCGCUCGGGGACCAGAUGCGCUCGGCAGCGCUGGACCUGCUGUACAUCCGCAACGUGACGGCCACGUGUCGACAGCACGUGCAUCAGGUGCCCGACUACACGCGCCAGGCGGUGCCAGCCUUCCUGCUGCUGGCGCUGCUCGAGUUCGUGCUCCUGCAGACGCGACACAGGGGACGCGCCGCGUUCGCUGACCACACGGUGUCGCUGGCCAGCGGGAUGGUGCACCUGGUGGUGUCGGCCGGCUGCGGCUUCCUGCCAGUGUGGGCGUACGCGACCAUCUGGCAGCGCUGGCGACUGUUCGAGCUACCCUGGGACUCGGUCGGCGUCUGGUGGCUGACGCUCGUCGGCGUCGACUUCUGCUUCUACUGGCAGCACCGCGCCCUGCACGAGGUCAACUGCUUGUGGGCCAUGCACCAGGCGCACCACAGCUCCGAGUACUUCAACCUGUCGGCGGCGCAGCGGCAGCCAGUGCUGCAGACGUUCGUCACGGGCGUGUUCUACCUGCCGCUGGCGGUCCUCGGCGUUCCGCCGGCCAUGUGGCUGUCGCACCGUGCCUUCAACUUCAUCUACCAGUUCUGGAUCCACACGGAGCUGGUAGGCUCGCUGGGUCCGCUGGAGCUCGUCUUCAACACGGCCUCGCACCACCGCGUCCACCACGCCUCCAACCCGCGCUAUCUGGACCGCAACUACGGUGGCUUCCUCAUCGUUUGGGACCGGCUGUUCGGCACCUUUUGUGCCGAGGCCGAGCCACCCACCUACGGGCUCGUGCACAACGUCGACUCCUUCGACCUCUGGACGGUGCAGCUGGGCGCGUUCGCGCGCGUGGCGGCGGCGUACUCCGUGCCGGCGCGAGCGGCACUCCAGCUGUACGUGGCAGCGCACGGCACGCUGCUGGGCGUGGCGCUGCGCUGGUGA